AUGCUCCUUCGAUCCGCUUCCCCUCGUUCGCCUGCGCUGACCCUUGUUUGUCCUCCUGUGCGUGCGUGUGUGCUGCGUACUCGAAUGGACACAGACGACAGCUCGUUGGUGUCGGCACUCGGCGGCCAACUCUCGCCCUCGCCUUGGUCCCGCUUCCUCUCGCCCUCGCUCUUCUCCCAGCGAUCCACUCCCGUCCCUCAACUCGCCGCCGCCCCUUCGCCGCUCAAAGAGUCGACCGUCGCCGCUCCACAGCCAGACGGGGGAUGCGGGCUCUUCACUCACGCGCGCGAGAUCAACCCGUUCGAAAAGAGCUUUGCGGUCUUGGAUCCCGAGGCUGUUGCCGGCGCACUGGGGAGGGCGGGGAUGGGCGCGCAUGGCGGUCCAGCGGGAGGAGAAUUGGCGCUGCAGCUCCCUCAGGGACGGCCGAAGCGCAAGAGGGCGUUGUCGAGCCCCGCAGUCUUCACGCCCGGCGGAUCGAAGGCAGGAGCAGGUCAGGCGGGCGAGGCGUUCAUGAAGCAGGCCAAGCGGCCCGACUUGCGUCUCGUCGCAAAGGACAGCGGCAUCGGCAUGCUCGACGAGUCGUCUCCCGCGGCGGCAGCGGCGCCUUCGACGUACUCGCUCCGCUCGUCGAGCAACUCGUUCGACUCGACUACUGGCUCGUCUCUCCUCCGACACCGCCGCGGUCAGAGCCUCACCAACUCGCCCGAGACGUCCAUCGCGCCGUCGCCCUUGUCGGACAAGCUCGGCGCGGCGACAGCGUUCGUCCCCGCCGACUCGACCUUCACCCACUUCCAGCCUCAGCCCGUCCCGUUCUCCAUGCCUGUUGGUCAACCACCCGCCGCGUACCCUGACCCCUCCCUGUUCGCACCGACGAGUCUCGCGCCGUCCUCGCUCGGCGGACCGGACGUCGUCGCCCCUCUUCCCUUCACCGCUGCACGCCCGCCCUUCGACCCCAUGCAAGUCCAGAUGACCACCGUCGCCCCAUUCGGCGCAUACGAACAAACACACAUGCAGUUCGUCGCGCCGGGAAUGGACGCCGCGUACGCUUUCGCCAACCCGCUCGCGAACCCUCCACACCCUCACCACCUCGCAUCGGCUCCCCUCGCGCCCAUCCCGCACGGUCACUAUCUCCCUCCCACGCACCCGGCGCUCGCACGACCGUCGAUCCCGCUCGGUGCGCCCGUCAUGCCCUCCGCAGCACCACCUCCUCCCGCCGCGCCAAAGACGACAGGCAAGAAGAAGUCUUCUGCCGCUGCUUCGUCCGCUCAUGUUGCACACUCCACGACCUCCGCCUCACCACCCACGGUCGCCGGAUCCGCCUCUCCCGCCUCCGUUCCCGCUCCCUCCAAGCCACCAGGCAAGAAGCGAGGACGGAAGCCUAAGAAUUGGGACCCUACGCUCGAGCGGACUGUUGAGUUGGACCCGGAGGAGAGGGAGAGACAGAGGAAGUUGGCGCUUGAGAGGAACAGGAUUGCGGCGAGUAAGAGUCGGAGGAGGAAGAAGGAGAGGGUCGAGUUGCUUGAGACGGCCUCGAGCGACCUCUGCAACCGCAACCUCGCCCUGCAAGCCGAAUGCCGCGCCCUCCUCUCCGAAGUCCACUCCCUCCGUUCCUUCCUCUCCCAGUCCCACCCCGAAGGUCUCUGCACCUGCCAACACAUCAACGGCUACCUCGCUCGCGAGCGCGACGGGGGCGGGAUUCCGGCCAUCUUGUACGGGGCGGGAGAAACGCUCGAGAGGGAUUAUGCGCGGCCGCCAAAGUGGGGUGCGGAGGAUGAUGCGUUUGCGGGUGCGGCGGUGGAGGCGUUUGAGGCGGGUGGAGCGAUGGCGGUAGGCCAAGGCCAGGCGGGGAGGAAGAAGGGCGGAAAGGCUGGGUCGGCGGCGAGUCCGGCGGCUGCUGCGACGGCGAACGGAGCAGGAGAAGUGCACGACACCGCGGGAGUACUCGACAUGCUCGCACCCGUUGUCGGACCAGCGCAGGGCUCGAUCCCGCUCAAGGCGCCCACCACCGGCGGGUCCGGUUCGCCGAAGAAGCAGGCGCCGCCCGCGGCGAGGAGGACGUCGUCUCGUCGCGCUGCUGCGGCGCACGAGUCGGAGGAUGAGGAUUCGGAGAUGGAGGACGAGGACGAGUCGGAGGAGGAGGAGGCGAUUGAGUUGAAGAGUAGGCGCGCGAGGGCGAUCGCUGUGCGCAACAAGAGCGGCUGA